CGUCAGACCCUCCCUGAUGACCACCCGCUAGGAGUCUAGUGCUUCACAGGACCACCCCAAGCAGAACUGGGACCCAAGAGCCUGCCCCCCAAGGACCAGAGUCCAUGCCAAGGCCACCCUUCAGCUUCCAAGGCCCUCCACUGCCUGGCUGUCGCCAGUCACCACGGCCUCAGACAGGGCUUGUGCUCAGCUGACACCUCUGACACAGCUCUUCUGCCUCAUGAGCUGUUGUCCAGCCACACCUCCCCGACUCUGUCCUCAUGGUGCUGGUGGUUCAGAGGUCUGUGGAUUUUUGCUGAGUUCUGGGCUGUUGAAAGCCUCGUGAUGCUUCGUUCUAUUAUCAGUGGCGUGAGGUGACGUUCCCAGAGUUGUGCAAUCCUCAGGUCCGGUAGUGUCUUCUUCCAGUUACUGGUUUCAAACAAGCCAAAAGUCUGACUGUGCUGUUUGUGAAUCCUCUGAGGAAGCGGCUGUUCUCCUGGGGUCUCCCUUCCCAUGCUGCCUGCCUAGCUUUCCCCCAUUUAGUGGCACACCUGGGGUCUUCAGAGAUGGCUCCGAAAUGUGUCCAAAGAAGAUUGCUGAGUCAGUUUCCGUAGAGGUCACAACAGUUGAGCAGCCUGCCAUCCAGUCAUUCAACAGAAAUUUGGGAAACUUUCACUUCACGCCCUGUGCCAGGUGCCACAGAGACAGCUACUUACUCACUGCAGGGCUCGUCGCUGGGGAGACAGAUAAGCGGACGGGCAGUCCCCAACCUCUGUGAAAGAUGUGAUGUCAGGGAGCAGUGCGGGCCUGUGCGGCAUCUAACCAAGUCAGGGGCAUUGCCGGGCAGGGACAGGGAAGGCUUCCUGGAGCAGGUGGCCUCCAAAUGGGGCUCUGAAGACUGAGAAGGAGCCAGGCAAAGAGCAGGGGUAGGUGAGGGCAUGUGGCGCAGAAGGAGAAUGUACAAAGGCCCGGAGGCCGGGGGCAGAACAGGGUACCUUUGGGGACAUUGCAUGUAAUUGACCACAUUUGGAGUUUGGAUUUGAAAGUGGUGGAAGAGAUGGAGAUGGUGAGACAAGUAGUAAGCACGCCAGCCUUCCAGGUGAGCUCCUUUCCGAUGAGCGCUCUCUUAUCCCAUGGAACGUUGAGAAUUUUGGACCCUUCCCACUGUGGCAGAGGUUUCCUGAGGCUCUCGCAUACGUGGCCCUAUGGUUGCCCAUUGAAUCUUUCUGCCAAUAGCUGGUCAGCAUGGUGGUGGCAUAAGCGCAUUUUCCAGAGCCAGGGAUUCAGUUGCAGCAAGACAUGGCCCUGUCUGGGAGGUCAACAUGAAGAAGGCAGUGGCUGUCAUUGUCCAACCCCAGAAAUCCCAAUCCUGUUUCCUCCGUCUCCGUCCUGAUUGUGGAUUUAGCAGCAGUGAGCUCACCAAUGUAGUGGGUGGCACAGCCAGGAUCUUGACUCCGGCUCUGCAGCAGCACAGUCUGGAAAACUCUGAGGGGAGAGAGAUCCCCACUGUUCCCUGGGUCUGGCUACAGAGCCAGAAAUGGGGGGGAAGGCAUGGGCCUGGGUCGCCUCUGACCACUCACGUACCAUCCAGGAGGCCCUGGCCUCUCACUGAACCCUGCCACUCCUCUUUGGCAUGGCCUCUUCCCAAACCCCCAAACUGCCUCCUUACCCACAAAAGUGGUCUCUGAGUGUCACAGUUCAGUGUGACCCCCACCCCUUAUGGCUUCAGUUCCCCAAAUAGGGCUGGACCCCUGAUCCUGAUCCAGCUGUGGCUAUCCAGCCCCUUCCUGGGGACUUUGGACUUUGAGGGGGGCAUGCCCAGGUGUGCUGGGAAUCCACACUCUCCCUGGCUGGACCUAGAACCUGUGGACUCUAGUCCCGAGGGCAGUCGUGUUCUGCCUGUGCCUGGAAACACAAGAAACUUGACUGCAGAGAGAAGAAAGAGGAGAGAGAAACAGCAUGUGGUGGUGCUGAACUCCAAGAGGACCAUUGAGGAAGCCAUGGUCAAAAAGUGGGCAGACUUUGCUGGCAGACCUGAGCCACUUACCUACAAGCUGGUGUCUAAGAACUACCCGGAUCUGUCCUUGGGAGACUACUCUCUGCUCUGGAAAGCCCACAAGAAGCUCACCCGCUCAGCCCUGCUGCUGGGCAUGCGUGACUCCAUGGAGCCCGUGGUGGAGCAGCUGACCCAGGAGUUCUGCGAGCGCAUGAGAGCCCAGGCCGGCACCCCUGUGGCCAUUGAGGAGGAAUUCUCUCUCCUCACCUGCAGCAUCAUCUGUCACCUCACCUUCGGAGACAAGAUCAAGGAGGACAACUUAGUGCCUGCCUAUUACAAAUGUAUCCAGGAGGUGUUAAAAACCUGGAGCCACUGGUCCAUCCAAAUUGUGGACGUGAUUCCCUUUCUCAGGUUCUUCCCCAAUCCAGGUCUCCGGAGACUGAAGCAGGCCAUUGAGAAGAGGGACCACAUCGUGGAGAAGCAGCUGAGGCAGCACAAGGAGAGCUUGGUGGCAGGCCAGUGGAGGGACAUGAUGGACUACAUGCUCCAGGUGGUGGCACAGCCGAGCAUGGAAGAGGGCUCUGGACAGCUCCUGGAAGGGCACGUGCACAUGGCUGCAGUGGACCUCCUCAUCGGUGGCACUGAGACCACCGCAAACACUCUCUCCUGGGCCGUGGUUUUUUUACUUCACCACCCUGAGAUUCAGCAGCGACUGCAGGAGGAGCUAGACCACGAACUAGGCCCCAGUGCCUCCAGCUCCCGGGUCCCCUACAAGGACCGUGCACGGCUGCCCUUGCUCAAUGCCACCAUCGCCGAGGUGCUGCGCCUGCGGCCCGUUGUGCCCCUGGCCCUGCCCCACCGCACCACACGGCCCAGCAGCAUCUCCGGCUAUGACAUCCCUGAGGGCACAGUCAUCAUCCCGAACCUCCAAGGCGCCCACCUGGAUGAGAUGGUCUGGGAGAGGCCACAUGAGUUCUGGCCUGAUCGCUUCCUGGAGCCAGGCAAGAACUCCAGAGCGCUGGCCUUCGGCUGCGGGGCGCGUGUGUGCCUGGGAGAGCCCUUGGCGCGCCUGGAGCUCUUCGUGGUGCUGACCCGACUGCUGCAGGCCUUCACGCUGCUGCCCCCGGGGGACGCCCUGCCCUCCCUGCAGCCCCUGCCCCACUGCAGUGUCAUCCUCAAGAUGCAGCCUUUCCAAGUGUGGCUGCAGCCCCGGGGGUUGGGGGUCCACAGCCUGGGCCAGAGCCAGUGACGGGGCAGGACGGAUGCCAGCCGGGUGCCUCAGUUUCUCCUUUAUUGCUCCCGUACGAUCCCCUCCCCCCACUGUAAACAUAGUGCUGCGAGAUCGCUGGCGGAGAAGGCUUCCUCCAGUGGCUGGGUGGUGAGGGGCCCUGGCUCUUCUCUCGGGGCGACCCCUCAGUGCUCGGCAGUCAUACUGGGGUGCAAGAGAGGUGGGCAGCAGCUCAGCCUCCCCCGGCUGGGGAGCGAAAGUUUCUUGGUCUCAGCUUCAUUUCCGUGAAGGGCACCGAGAACUCGAAGCCCUUCCAGUAGUACCAGCUCACUCCCUGGGAAAGGGGUUGUCAAGAUAGAGUCAAAGCCGGAUGUCCCAUCUGCUCCUCCCAUUUCCCUUAAGGAGGUGGCUCCGAGCACUCAACCAACCUCCCCACACAGCUCCCCUCCUGACCCUCCACCACAGAAGACUGAGGCUUAAUCCUGAGCUGGCCCUUUCCACCCAAUAAAUCACCUCCAGCUCCCUC